UCCUAUAAUUAAUAAUUAUCAUUAUCUAUUUCCUGACUAAAAUAAUAUAUUUCCUGAUUAAUAUAUUGUAAUUUCUGACCAGAAAAAAAUUUCUGAUUUGAUAAAAAAAUAAAAUUUCUGUAUGCUAUGAUAUAUCUGAAUAUUAUUAUCCUAAAACUGACUAUCUUUAUCAGUUUUCUGAACAACAUUAUCUAAUUCCUGACUAACAUUUCUUAAUUCCCGAGUAUUAUAAAGGAAAAAUUCAUGGGAAUAAUCUCACCUUUCACCCGUUCGUUUUUAAUAAUCCCACCUUUCAAUUAUUUUUCAAUAAUCCCACCUUUAGGUAACUUUUAUUUUUAUUGGUCCUUACAGGUUACCUCACCUGUUUUAGCCGGUUUUAGGCCUACGUGGAAUCUAACGGUUACUUAUUUUUUAAUUUUUUUUUGUUUAUUUAAAAGUGCCACGUCCCUUAGUUGAUUUCUCUUCUUCUUCUUUCUCUGUUUCCUCUCUUCCUUAAAACACCAUUGUUGGUCGCAAAUUCCCCUAUCAAAUUCAUCUCUUCUUAGUGAAAUUUGGUUGCAAUGGGUAGUCGUAGGCACGUUGGUUCAAGUGAAUCAUCUUCGUCAAGGUCGUUUGGUUGGGGUUUGCCAAAAUUGAAGUGCAAAUGCGGUGUUGAAGCCGUAAUUCGGAGGGUGAGGAAUGGCGAUAAUGUGGGUAAGAAGUUCUACGGAUGCCCUAACUGGCCUGAGGGUGAUUGUGGGUUCUUUCAGUGGGUUAAUGCUAACAAUAUGGACCUUGAAGAUCUACGAUUCUAGGUUUUUGAAAAAGAUACACAAGUUGCUGAAAAGGAGAUUGAAAUUGAUUUCAUGAAGGAGCAGUUGAAAAAAAUUGAGAAGAAUUUGGAUAUUAAAGAGGAUGAGUUGAAUGAUACAAAAAUGGAGCUUUGCCACACUAGAAUUGAACUAAUGAAGGCGGCAAGGAAUGAAAAAAACUUUUCCAUUGCUCUGUUUGUGUCAUGGAUUUUCUUUGCUUUUCUGUUAGUGUAUUUGAAGGCAUGACAGUGAUAUUGAGUGGAGAUGAUAGUAGGUUAGACUCAUUAAGCUUGUUUAGGUUUGGACAUGAUUGUAUAUUUUGCAUUUGUGACAUGUAAUAUGGCUUUGAAAAAACCUUUUUAGUAGCAAGGCAUGUUACUGUAACAGUGAAUUAAUGGAAGUUAUUAUUACAUUGAUUUGCUUUCAACUUGAAUUAUGUUGGUGAAGUUGUUAUGUUGAACAAAUUAAGUUGGUGAAGUUGUUAUGUUGAACAAAAUAGCUUGCAAAUGGUCUGGCCAACAAACACAAAAUGAACACUGCCAUGGUUCACUGCAUUACACAAAAUGAACACUGCCAUGGUUCAUUGCAUUACAUUGUAAUAUGCCCAAAAACAAUAAAAACUGUUGUCAAAAGAUUACAUAAAUAAAGUACCAACACUUAAUUAC